AUGAAUUAAUUGUUGCUUAAAGGUUUGCUAUAAAUUAAGGAUAAUUUGACUUUUAGUGAAAUAAUUGAAUAUUAUAAAUAGAUAAUGCAAUCAAUUAAAUUAUAAUUAAGUGAUGACCCAGAGCUAUCAGGAGUGUGUUCGGCUUUGUUAUAAGCAUUCACUGAGAAUUCGCGAGUAUUGCGACAUUGUUCAGGAGGAGGCAAUUAAACAUAAACGCAGAAUAAUUUUGGAGAUCAUCAAUUAGAGUCUGACAUCUAGUGUGAAGUGAAUAUCAAUAGGGAAUUAUAGAAAUCAGGAUUUGUGAGUCAUAGUGCAAAUGAAGAGAGUCCUGAAAUGAAACAACAAUGUGAAGGAGGUAGAUAUAUUGUCACAUUUGAUCCAUUGGAUGGAAGUUCAAUAAUUGGCACCAAUUUUACAGUUGGUACCAUAGCGGCCAUUUGGAAAUCAGAUGAUAGUCUUUUAAUAGGGAAGAGUGGAAGGGAUAUAGUAUCUGCUUGUUGUUGUUUGUACGGGAGUAGAACAACUGUAAUCAUUUAUAAUCAAAAAGAAGAUAAGGUUUAGGAAUACACUUUAUUUGACAGCGAUAAACAGGGACAUUGGGAAUUGACAAAAGGCAACAUACAAAUAAAAUAGAAGGGAAACAUUUUUAGUCCUGGGAAUCUGAGAAGUAUAAUUAAUCAUGAAGCUUAUCGAGAAGUGCUUGAGUAUUAUUUUCAUAAUGGAUACACUUUGAGAUAUACAGGUGGAAUGGCUCCAGAUAUCUGUUAAAUAUUCUUGAAAGAGAUUGGGGUUUUUUCUCUUUUUGGGGAUGCCAAGAAUCCUUGUAAAUUAAGAUAUUUAUAUGAAUGUGCUCCAUUAUCAUUUUUAAUCGAAAAGGCUGGUGGGAAAUCAUUCAAUGGGUAGUCUUCAGUAUUAGAUACAGUGAUUAGUGGAUAUGAAUAAAAGAGUGAAAUAGCUGUUGGAAGCGCUGAGGAUAUUGAAUUCUUCAGACAAGUAUGGAAAAAGCAUGGAUUAUUGAAAAAUUGAUUGUGUUGGCUUAAUUAUAUAUGUAUAAUGAUAU